AUGGGCAACCAAGCCUCAACACUAGCUCGUCCUCUCGACGCUGCUGACUCUAUUCGCGCCCAUCUUUCUGCUGGGACAUCUCGCCCUCAGGGCACCGCCGGCACACGCGCUCAGGACACUGUUGGUGCGCCUCCUCACAAUGGGACUCGCCAUCCAAGCCCGCAAGAAACCGCUUCGAGUUACCGACCUGGACCACGGGCAAUUGCCCUUCCAACUGCUUUGCAACCACCAUCAGGCCCACCCCAAAGCCAACAACACUCUCGGUCUUGCUCACCUCCCCGCUCGGACGCAAUCGCGGCCAUCAAGUCGGAAUCUACUCCGCCCAGACCCGCGCUCUGGGUGACGCCCUCGAUCUCAUCUACGAGGACUUGGACGCCCACAGGGAGACUGCUCGCUACUCCCUUCACGGCUGAGAGCUCCCCCUGUGCAAGGGCGAGGGCGUCGAAAGCACGGAGGUGCGGGCGGAAGUGCUUUGAGACCAUCAUCGCCGGUAUUCAAGAGCGGCUCUUGCGCCUUCCGCCGUUGGGGGAGAUCAUCAGGGAGGAGCUUAAUUCUACUCUGAGGGAGUCGCUAGAGCAGGAUUUUGACGCUGCUGGGAGGUGUCGGAGGGCUCGUCUCCAACGCCGAAAAGAGGAGGCGACCCGGGAAAGGGAAAAGCUCGUCAAGGAGAGGCUUUUCACCCCAAUGAUGGCGAUGGAUCUUUCUUCCAGGUCGAGAUGGAAGAGCACGAAGCUGCCCGACCAAAACGAGGAGCUUCAAGACAAGAUGAUGGCUCAGCAAACCGACUUUUUGCGCUGGAAGAAGGAUAAUCCCGGGGUUGACCUGCCGGAGGACGAUUUGAUGAGCCCGCCGCCCAGAUGGUGGGGGGCUUUUCUGAAGAGGGGCGCUUGGAACAAGGGAGGGGAGCUUCUGAAGGAGGAGCUCAGGUUUGAGAUGUUUGGGCGGGAGAUCAAGAAGAUGCAGGAGAGGGUUGAGUUGGACGAGUUGUUGACAAGGGAGACGAGGGGGGUUGUCAAGAGGAGGGGGGAGGUUUGGAGGUUGAGGGGGGAGGUGAGGAGGGCUAUGGAGGAUGCGGGGUAUGGGAGGGAUAAGUUUGAUUGGGGGAAGAUUUUGGGGUUGGAAAAGGGGGAGGAGGAAGUGGUGGAUGAUGGUGAGGAGGAAGGGUUGGAGGAGUUUGUUGGGGAGUUGGGGGAGGUUAUGCCUGAUUAG